AUGGCUCCUCCUCCUCCCGCCAACCUGCCUUUGGCUGAGAGACUCAAGGCUCUCGCCCAGACCCUCCAGUUUGCCUGGUUCGUUGGACACUUGACGCUGCUUCUCUCGGUUUUCCGCUACACCCUGUCCUUUGUCCUAUUCAACUACUAUUCCUCGUCCGCCCAGAUCGCUUAUCGCCUAGCCUUCAUCUCCGCCGCCGUGACCUACGGUAUCGUCGUGUACAAGGGCCACUUCGCCCGCGGUGUCUCCGGCAGUGUGCCUACCAUUGUGACCAAACUUAUCUCAGAUGAGAAUGUGCAGUAUCUGGGAAUGGCCCUCGUUUGGCUGUACUCGCGCCAGCUCAUCCUGGCUCUCCUGCCCUUCAGCGUCUACUCGGUCUUCCACGUCGCGACCUACACUCGCAUGUACCUGAUCCCGACUUUGCAGCCGCCGCAGCAGGGUGCUGCAGGCGCCGCUUCUCCCACCUCCCCGACCUCCAAGCCCGCUGCCAAGCAGAGCCCUCUUGCCGAGACCAUCGGCCGCUUCAUCAAGCAGUACUAUGAUGCUAGUAUGGGCGUGGUUGCCACCCUCGAGAUUCUGCUUCUGGUCCGCCUCAUUCUGUCCGCCAUUACCUUCUCCAAGGGCAGCUGGGUUCUGCUGCUGGUUUACCUGUCUUUCUUCCGCGCCCGCUACGCUCAGAGCUCUUUCGUCCAGCAAGCUGUUCGCCAGCUCACCGCCCGCGCUGAUGCUUCUAUCUCUCACCAGAGCACUCCUCCCCAGGUUCGCCAAGGUUGGGAGACCUUCAAGGGUCUCGUGCGCCAGGGCUAUGAGGCCACUGAUAUUGGCCGUUAUAUCUCUGGCCCUGCCGCUGCCAACAAGAAGCCGCAGUAA